AUGGCGAAGGUGACGGUUGGCCAACGGGGAAGGUGUGUCUGCGUGGGUCGGUGGUAGCGGUUCUCUCCGGCGAUCGGACGCGUCCAUUUCCUGCUCUCGGUGCUCUGCCAGCUGGGCGCCCCCCCCUCAGUUGACAUCAAGGGUUAUCUCGCAGUGGGGGUCUGGUGCGAAGGCGGUCGGCGUCCGGUCGGCACAAGUAAUCGUGCAACUGUCGUCUGGGGUUUGGUCGGGGUCGCCCUUCUCCUCUUUCCGGGGCGGCUCAAUCCCGGUCGGAGUCAGCUACAGCUCCAGUCUUGGGGAACGUCUGCGGUUGCGUAAACACAAUGUCGUAUGCCAUUCUCCUCGUCAAUCUUGCGCCGGGCGGAUGCCAGCUCAUUCACGGGUCUCGGACAAUACACUGUAAGCUGGCGGAGUCCUCUCGUAGCAUCUUCGGUGCUUAAGUCUCGGUGGCAGCAAGCUCCUCUCUCCCUCUCCCUCUUUCUCCUCUCUCUCACUGGCAUAGUGUGUGUCUGUGGUCUGGGGAGAGAGGUAUAAUCCAGAACUGAAGCACUUUUCUCUCUGUCUCCUCUGCAGCAGUGAUGUUUUAACAGCUGAGAGUCCUCACAAUGCACAGACACCACCACUUUUUCAGCUGCGCAGGCAGAAUGCAGCUUUGGUUUCCCUGGUGUCUGCAUCUAUUACCAGCCCCUAUGAGCUGAUACACCAGCUAAGGGAAAGAUCAGUUUACUGUUGCAUCGGAGGAGUUUGGCUUCUUGUGUGUUUGGGUUGGUGUGGUUUGUAGUAUGUGGGUUGAGUGAGUUAAGAGUGAGGUACAUGUUGCAUCGGUGGCUGGAUGCAAGACUCUUCUCUUCUUCACGUUCCAUCUCUAACACACUUUCUGUCUCUCACGCCAUAGAAUAUGGGGACACCCCUCUUUCUCCAGCCACUGUAUAUCUAGAGGAGGAGUAUAGUAAUUUUCUCUCUCCCCUCCCUCUCUCUAUCACUCUCUCUCCUCUCACACUUUCCUGUCUUUCUCUCUCCCUUCCCUUUAUCACUAUCUUUCAAUCUUUCUCUCUUCUGUGCAUCAGUCUUUGCUUUAGUCCAGCUGUCAGCUGCCUGCUGCCCCCGUGCACACGCACACACACACACACACAUCUGUGUGUGUGAGGCCAUGACUGUGUGGGGGAGUCUCCUCCAUCCCUAAACACUGAGCAUGGGAGAGGAGAGAGACAGAGGGAGGGAGGGAGGGAGGGAGGGGAGAUAGAACAGAGGUAGGGAGACAGGGAGAGUGGUAGACUGAGAUAUGGGAGAAGGACAAAGAGAGAGCAGAUAGGAGCGAAGAGGGAAACAGAUAUGUACUGCAUUUGGGCGAUUCCAUGCUAGCAUGGACCUCAAAUAUGUUUGGGUAUCUCAGAUAGUUCUGGCAAUUUUCACAUAAAAACUUAAUUGUGAGGAAGGAUGUUUAACAUGCUUUUUAUAUUUGUAUCACAAACAAUUUUUUAGAGAGAAAAUCAUGAUGAAAGUGUCCAUUUUAGGCCCUUUUUAGCGAUACUCCAUAUUUUAGAGCACACUAUUAGGAGUGUAAUGACACCAGGGUGUUUGUUGUCUGUAUCAUGUAUGCUUCACGGCUCAUUAUAGCAUGUAUAGGUCUAAAAAGUGGCUAGAAUUGCCACUUUCAUCAUGAUUCUCUCAAAAAUGUUUUGUGAUACAAAUGUAGAAAGCAUAUCAAACAUCCUUCCAAUGAAAUUUCGAUGUGAGAAUUGCCAGAACAAUCUGAGAUACCAAAAAUAUUUGAGGGCCAUGUUGGCAUGGAAUCGCCCCCAUUUGUCAACACUUCACUUAACAAGCUUGCUACUCUGUCUCUGUGGUCUACACUACAGCAUAGAGACAGAGAGAGAGACAGAGAGACAGAGAGCGAGACAGAGAGAGAGAGAGACAGAGAUUGAGAGAGGCAGCGAGAGAGAGAGAGAGAGAGAGAGAGACAGAGACAGAGACAGAGAGCGAGAGAGAGUGUGCAUGUCCUUCUCCACAGCAUCAGUAACAGACAACACAGCCCAUCUCUCUCUACAGCCACACCAUUCUAAAUUACAUCUGCUCUAGCAACCCAGCUGUAAGCCUCCACACACACAGACAGUCAUGUGACCUUCUGGCUACUUCCACCAUGGCACAUUCCAGUCAUGUAGAGGUCAAGUGGUGGUUGAGUGGGAGAGGUGUCAGUCAGUCAGUCAGUCAGUCAGAGGGCUGAGGGUUUUCCUGCUGUGUUUCCCUACUGCUCCGAUAGAGGAAAACAUGUAGGCUCUGGGUGUUGUCCCCGACUGUCCCUGGACGUCUGUCUGUUUGUCUGUCUCGCAUGUCACCGUGCCAACCACACACCACCCCGUUCUGUGACUAAUCAACCCCCCCAGAGAGAGAGGAAAGAAAAUAUGAGGGGGGGGGGGGGGGGGGGGGGGGGGGGGGAGAAAGAAAAGGAAAGUCUGAGGCUCCCAGCAGCACAGUGAAUCACAUCUAGUGUCUGGAUCUGGGCAUUUGGACUCCAAAGGCAGGGAUGAAGAAGAGUGGGGGUGGGGGGCUGGAAUGGGAUGUUAUUGUAAGUAGAGACAGUACUAUUGGACUGGGGGAUUGGUCAGGUGAAAGGGGAACACACACAGAGAGAUAAGAUAAGAGCCUAUGGAACCUCAAUGGGUUGAAUGGAAGCUCCAAUGAUUUCAAUCAGCUGAAGGUUACUGAUUAAAAUCUCAGAUUAUGUCAUUUCCUUUCAAAAUAACAAAGAAAAUGACAAAACAAUGAACAAGACAGGUAACAAGACAGCUAACAAUCAGUUUCCUACACAAUAUAGAUAGGAAAAGGCUAAACAUAAGUAACCUUUACUUUUAAAGAUAAAAGAAAACCAAUGUCAAAAGGUCGUGCUCGCCAUACCUCCACUAGAUGAUGCUGUUGAUAGUCACCUAAAUUGACCUCUUCUAAGGUCAAGGGUCAAUGCUGGUGGUUCUGCUGAUAUAAGAACAAGGGUGACAAGGUUGGGAAGCCAGUGACUGACCAUCUCUUGUCUGUGGGAGUGUGAUUACAGAAGUCCAGUGAGAAGCUUUCUCUGGUUAGCCAAGGAUAGGUCUCAGUGUUGUGGAAGGAAAGGAGUCAUUGGAAGGACAGAUGGAAGGAAAGGAGUCAUUGGCUCGGAGAUCCCCUUUAUCCUAAACCUAUUGUCCCUUUCCAGAUGUAUCCAGAUGUUGCUGGUGAUGUGCAAUCCAUUGCAGGUGAGGACAUACGUGGAUGUGAGUAGGUGUGUGUAUGUGACUACAUGUUUGUGUGUGUACAUGUGUUUUGUUAGUAAAUGCAUGUAGACAAAAGCAUUUAGAUUUUGUGUCAUGUUACCUUCCGUUCCCCAGGAACACCCAGAUCCUUCACCCACAGAAAAUGUAUUAUUUAUUAUAAUCAUAGUUGUUGAUUUCAGUUGGUGUUUGUGUUUGCUUAUUGGUACCUGUGUGCCCUGUGUAGCAGGUGUUUGGCGUGGAUGGGGUUAACUUCAGCGUGCACGUGGAGAACCAGACCCGGGUGAGAGACGCUAUGAGCAGGCGGCACCACCGGGUCUACCAGCUCUACAGCCGCACCAGCGGCAAACACAUCCAGGUGCUGGGGAGACGCAUCAGCGCCCGCGGAGAGGACGGAGACAAAUAUGGUAAGACACACACAGAGACAGACAGACCCACACAAUCCUCAGGUCUUGACAGGGUGCAGUGGGGGGUUGUCUCAGGAGCACAAAGACCUCAUCGACUGACUGCUGACUCAAUGAUUCACCAGAGAGACACACAGAAAGAAAGAGCGGAGAGAGAGAGAUGAAGAAAAAAGAGAGGAGAGGAAAUAAAGAUGAGAGAGGCUUAGCAUUAGAUGUUUAGGCAGUGUUAGAAACUCAUCUCCUCCAUCAAUCUAUCCAUUGAUUUCUCAUCCUCCCUGUUGUCUCCUCUGGGUUUAAAACAGCAGGCUGCCUCCCCCUCUUCUCCCUCCCUCCCUUCCUCCCUCCAUCUCUCCCUCCCUCCCUCACUCCUUCCUUCCCCCAUCCAUCCAUCCAUCCCUUCCUAUCUCCCUCCCCCACUCCCUCCUCCCCCAAUCCAUCCAUCCAUCCCUCCCUUCUCCCACUCCUUCCUCCCCUCCAUCCAUCCACCCCCCCCUCCCCCACUCCUUCCUCCCACAUCCAUCCAUAUCCCUCCCCCCUCCCCCACUCUACCUCCCCGUCCAUCCCUUCCUCCCCACUGCCUUCCUCCCCCCUCCUCCCCGCCCCCAUCAUCCCUUCCGCCUCCACCCCCCCGUCCCCACAAAUACCCAUCCCCUCCACCCAGCCCUCCCCCACUCCUGCCUCCCAAUCCAUCCCUACCCGCAAAACUCCUCUCCCCAUCCAUCCACCCCCCCAACAACCUCUCCACCACUCAUCCCACCAACUCCUGCCACCCCAUCCACCAUCCUCCCGCCUCCUGACCUCAUCCAUCCCCACUCCCUCGAACACCUUCCCCCACUCCUUCCCCCAACAUCCGCCUCCACACUCCUAAGAAAACCCCAAUCCUCCCCCACUCCUUCCUCCCCACCAUCCCUUCCCAAAGCCAUUCCUCCCCAUCCACCCUCAUCCCCACUCCUUCCCCCAUCCAACCCCCCCCACCUCCCCACCCCCUCCACCACCCACCUUCUCCGCCCUCCACCCCCCCACCCCCACCAGCCCCACACCCAAACCCAUCCUCUCCCUCCUCCCUCUCCCUUCCCCCCCCUUCCUCCCCUCCUCCCCACCUCCCCCCUCCCCCUUCCUUCCCCCAUCCAUCCUCUUCCUCCCCACUAGCCCCCCCCACUCAUCCCCACCAGCCGCCCCCACAUCCUGCUCCUUCCCCACGCAGCCCAUCACCACUAACCCCGCCCCCCAUACUCCCUCCAUCCCCAUCCCCUCGCCCCCAGUCCUCCUCCCCAAACUCCUUCCCCCCACGCCUGGCAUCCCCCCACUCCUCCUCCCAAUACCUCCCUCCCUCACCUCCUUCUCCCACCCAUCCCUUCCUCCCUCCCCCCCCCCCUGCCCCCAUCCAUCCUCCCUCCCCCACUCCUUCCCCCCUCUAUCCUUCUCCCCACUCCCUCCUCCCCCCCCAGUCCCCUCCCUUCCUCCCCAUCCUUCCACCCCAUCCCUCCCUCCCCCACUCUCCUUCCCUCCCCCAACUCCUUCCUCCCCCAUUCCCUCCCUCCCUCCCUCCCUCCCUCCCCACUCCUUCCUCUUUCUCUCUCUGUCUGUAAUUAUGCCUAACCCAUUCUUAAACCACAGAGGAUCAAUGCAGGGAAAAAAGCCCAGCAUUAAUGCUAGUGUUCAUAUUCCUCUGUGUAGAAGAAUGGGGUUUAUGUUACCAGCUCUCUCAUUCACAACCAUGCCUUUCACAAACACCUCUCUCAUUCACAACCAUGCCUUUCACAAACACCUCUCUCAUUCACAACCAGCCUUUCACAAACACCUCUCUCCAUUCACAAACCAUGCCUUUCACAAACACCUCUCCCAUUCACAACCAUGCCUUUCACAAACACCUCUCCCAUUCACAACCAUGCCUUUCACAAACACCUCUCCAUUCACACCAUGCCUUUCACAAACACCUCUCCCAUUCACAACCAUGCCUUUCACCAAACACCUCUCCCAUUCACAACCCAUCCUUCACAAACCACCUCUCCCAUUCACAACCAUGCCUUUCACAAACACCUCUCCCAUCACAACCAAUGCCUUUCACAAACACCUCUCCAUUCACAACCAUGCCUUUCACAAACACCUCUCCCAUUCACAACCAUGCCUUUCACAAACACCUCUCCAUUCACCACCGCUUCACAACACCUCUCCCAUUCAACCAAUGCCUUUCACAAACACCUCUCCCAUUCACAACCAUGCCUUUCACAAACACCUCUCCCAUUCACAACCAUGCCUUUCACAAACACCUCUCCCAUUCACAACCAUGCCUUUCACAAACACCUCUCCCAUUCACAACCAUGCCUUUCACCAAACACCUCUCCAUUCACAACCAUGCCUUUCACAAACACCUCUCCCAUUCACAACCAUGCCUUUCACAACACCUCUCCCAUUCACAACCAUGCCUUUCACAAACACCUCUCCCAUUCACAACCAUGCCUUUCACAAACACCUCUCCCCAUUCACAACCAUGCUUUCACAAACACCUCUCCCAUUCACAACCAUGCCUUUCACAAACACCCUCCCAUUCACAAACCAUGCCUUUCACAAACACCUCUCCCAUUCAACAACCAUUGCCUUUCACAAACACCUCUCCCAUUCACAACCAUGGCCUUUCACAACCAUGCCUUUCACAAACACCUCUCCCAUUCACAACCAUGCCUUUCACAAACACCUCUCCCAUUCACAACCAUGCCUUUCACAAACACCUCUCCCAUUCACAACCAUGCCUUUCACAAACACCUCUCCCAUUCACAACCAUGCCUUUCACAAACACCUCUCCCAUUCACAACCAUGCCUUUCACAAACACCUCUCCCAUUCACAACCAUGCCUUUCACAAACACCUCUCCCAUUCACAACCAUGCCUUUCACAAACACCUCUCCCAUUCACAACCAUGCCUUUCACAAACACCUCUCCCAUUCACAACCAUGCCUUUCACAAACACCUCUCCCAUUCACAACCAUGCCUUUCACAAACACCUCUCCCAUUCACAACCAUGCCUUUCACAAACACCUCUCCCAUUCACAACCAUGCCUUUCACAAACACCUCUCCCAUUCACAACCAUGCCUUUCACAAACACCUCUCCCAUUCACAACCAUGCCUUUCACAAACACCUCUCCAUUCACAACCAUGCCUUUCACAAACACCUCUCCCAUUCACAACCAUGCCUUCACAAACACCUCUCCCAUUCACAACCAUGCCUUUCACAAACACCUCUCCCAUUCACAACCAUGCCUUUCACAAACACCUCUCCCAUUCACAACCAUGCCUUUCACAAACACCUCUCCCAUUCACAACCAUGCCUUUCACAAACACCUCUCCCAUUCACAACCAUGCCUUUCACAAACACCUCUCCCAUUCACAACCAUGCCUUUCACAAACACCUCUCCCAUUCACAACCAUGCCUUUCACAAACACCUCUCCCCAUUCACAACCAUGCCUUUCACAAACACCUCUCCCAUUCACAACCAUGCCUUUCACAAACACCUCUCCCAUUCACAACCAUGCCUUUCACAAACACCUCUCCCAUUCACAACCAUGCCUUUCACAAACACCUCUCCCAUUCACAACCAUGCCUUUCACAAACACCUCUCCCAUUCACAACCAUGCCUUUCACAAACACCUCUCCCAUUCACACCAUGCCUUUCACAACACCCUCCUCCAGGCCACAAACCUUCGCCUUUCACAAACACCCUCUCCCAGUCACAAACCAUGCCUUUCCACAAACACCAUCGACCCAUUCACAAAACCAUGCCGUUCAACAAACAACUCUCACAUCACAACACCAUGCCUUUCACAAACACCCCCCAUUCACAACCAUUUGCCUUCACAAACACUCCUCCUCAUUCACAAACCCAUGGCCUUUCGACAAAACACCUCUCCCAUCACAAACCAUGCCUUUCACAAACACAUCUCCACAUUCACAACCAUGCCUUUCACAAACAACCUCUCCCAUUCACAACCCUGCCGGUCACAAACACCUCUCACCAUUCACAACCAUGCCUUUCACAAACACCUCUCCCAUUCACAACCAUGCCUUUCACAAACACCUCUCCCAUUCACAACCAUGCCUUUCACAAACACACCACUUCAAGCCAGCCGUACUACUGCUCCAGGAGCAGAUCUGUUCUUGACAAAUGGUUCUCAAAGAAAAAAAGACUGUGGUUAACGCCAUCAGGCACUGGCAGUAAAGCAUUGUGGGAGGAAAAACAGAGAAAAGAGGGGAGGGGUGAAGGUGUAAACAUGUAGAGGGGGAGAGAGUGGAGGAGAGGGGUGAAAAUGUAAACAUGUAGAGGGGGAGAGAGGAGGGGAGGGGUGAUGUGAACCACCUCACACUACCUCCACACUGACACCACACCCUCAUACUAACACCACAGCCUCACACCACACCCUCACUGACAUCACACCGCAACCUCACACCACAAACUCAAACUCACACCACACACACCAAAAACAACAAUCCCUCCUGCAGUGUCUGGUAGUCAUCUUAUUCUUCUUCUUCUGUUAACCUUGCUCUGUGUCUGUCUGUCCUUAUGUCUGCUUGGAUCUUUUUUUACAAGCCCCAUUUGUCCACCUGUGUGCAAUCUAAGUGUCACAUGAUCUGUCACAUGAUCUCAGUAUAUAUACAUCUGUUCUGAAAGGCCCCAGAGUCUGCAACACCACUAAGCAAGGAGCACCACUAAGCAAGCGGCACCAUGAAGACCAAGGAGCUCUCCAUACAGGUCAGGGACAAAGUUGUGGAGAAGUACUGUACAGGGUUGGGUUAUAAAAAAAUAUCAGAAAACUUUGAACAUCCCAUGGAGCACCAUUAAAUCCAUUAUUAAAAAAAUGGAAAGAAUAUGGCACCACAACAAACCUGCCAAGAGAGGGGCGCCCACCAAAACUCAUGGACCAGGCAAGGAGGGCAUUAAUCAGAGGCAACAAAGAGACCAAAGAUAACCCUGAAGGAGCUGCAAAGCUUCACAGCGGAGAUUGGAGUAUCUGUCCAUAGGACCACUUUAAGCCGUACACUCCACAUAGCUGGGCUUUACGGAAGAGUGGCCAGAAAAAAGCGAUUGCUUAAAAAAAAAUAAGCAAACACGUUUGGGGUUCGCCAAAAUGCAUGUGGGAGACUCCCCAAACAUAUGGAAGAAGGUACUCUGGUCAGAUGAGACUAAAAUUGAGCUUUUUGGCCAUCAAGGAAAAUGCUAUGUCUGGCGCAAACCCAACACCUCUCAUCACCUCGAGAACACCAUCCCCACAGUGAAGCAUGGUGGUGGCAGCAUCAUGCUGUGGGGAUGUUUUUCCAUCGGCAGGGACUGGGAAACUGGUCAGAAUUUAAGGAAUGAUGGAUGGUGCUAAAAACAGGGAAAUUCUUGAGGGAAACCUGUUUCAGUCUUCCAGAGAUUUGAGACUGGGACGGAGGUUCACCUUCCAGCAGGACAAUGACCCUAAGCAUACUGCUAAAGCAACACUCAAGUGGUUUAAGGGGAAACAUUUAAAUGUCUUGGAAUGGCCUAGUCAAAGCCCAGACCUCAAUCCAAUUGAGAAUCUGUGGUAUGACUUAAAGAUUGCUGUACACCAGCAGAACCCAUCCAACUUGAAGGAGCUGGAGCAGUUUUGCCUUGAAGAAUGGGCAAAAAUCCCAGUGGCUAGAUGUGCCAAGCUUAUAGAGACAUACCUCAAGAGACUUGCAGCUGUAAUUGCUGCAAAAUAGUCAUGCACACUCAAGAUUUCAGUUUUUUUGUCUUAUUUCUUGUUUGUUUCACAAUAAAAAAUAUUUAGCAUCUUCAAAGUGGUAGGCAUCUUGUGCAAAUGAAAUUCCAGGUUGUAAGGAAACAAAAUAGGAAAAAUGCCAAGGGGGUGAAAACUUUCGCAAGCCACUAUCUGUUAGUUUAAUGUAGGCUAUAUCUGUCGCUCUGUCUGGCUGUCUGCCUGUCAGUCAGUCAGACUUUCUGUGGCUCUAACAUCUGUCUGUCCCUCUGUCUGUCUGUCUGUGGCUCUAAUGUCUGUCUGUCCCUCUGUCUGUCCCUUCACAAGCCCAGCUCGUAGUGGAGGCUGACACCUUUGGUAGCCAGGUGAGAAUUCGCGGUAAAGAGACCAACUUCUACCUGUGCAUGAACCGCCGCGGCAAGCUGGUGGGAAAGGUGAGACCUAUUCUGAACUCUCAUGUUCUCAAACGAUUACAGCAUCAUAGGCUUAUGGCAAAGUCCUGUUUUUAAGCAUUCCUUUUAGUUUAGAUUGAAUAAAUUCACAUGGAUUGCUGACCUACUUCUCUUUUCUCCUCCUGUGUGUGUGUGUGUUCAUUUCUCUGUUCUCUCAGAAGGCCAGUAAUAAAAGUGAAGACUGCGUGUUUGUAGAAAAGGUUCUGGAGAACCACUACACCGCACUAAUGUCGGCACGAUACGCCGGCUGGUAUGUGGGCUUCACCAAGCGGGGGCGCCCUCGCCGUGGCCCCCACACACUGCCCAACCAGCAGGACGUCCACUUUAUGAAGCGCUUCCCACCCGGGGAGUACCCUGAAACCACGCCCUUCCGCUUCACAACGGUCAACAAGAGGAGCAAGAGGGUCCGUGCCACCGGGACCCGCUAG